AUGAGCAACAGUGACAUGCCAGGCGGCCAAACCCGCCCAGCACCAAACGAGCCACCGUCGGACGCUAAAGAAACGCCAUCUCUCCAAGUUGCCUCUUUCCACUUGUCCUGCUGCUUCAGGCUAGCUUUGGUGCUGUCAAGCCAUGCUUCUGGAACGCUGGAACGUCUGGAUCCCGGUCUUGUCUGGUCUGCGGACCAUUUGACUCGUGCAUCUCCAAAAAACGGAACCUCGAACCUUCUAUUUUGGGGGCGCUUAGACUGGCCCUUUGAUCAAAGCAUCACACGCAAGCGCCAAUUCUCACACAUACCAACCAUAAACCCCACCCCCUCGAACUCCUGCAUUAGUUUGGGCGGAUAG